UGGCGGUCGAGGCUUGAGUGCGACGAGUGUUUUCUCCGAAAUAAGCGACUGGAAAUCCACCGAUUUAGUCGUUUAUCAGUCUUAAAAAUCGUCAAAUAGCUGCAGUUCACUGGAAUCCCCGCACUAAUAAUCGAUUGAGAUAAAAUGGAUAAUCCUGAUGAUAACACAGAAAAUCUGGUACCCCUCAAAGCGAAUUAUUUCAAGAUCCUUUGCGAUCCGGACUGGGAUUUGUAUCGGUAUCGAGUGAGAUUCGAGCCGGAGGAGGACAAUUACGAGCGCCAGAAGGCUCUCAUCGAGCAGCAUCGUAAUGUCAUUGGGUCGUAUAUCCUGGAUGGGGCAUUUCUCUUCUGCACACAAAAGCCCCCCCUGGAGUUCCCUCCAGACGAGGAGCCCCAGAUCACAGCCGAAUAUUUAGGCGACAUGAAGCCUCGAGAUCAUCGUUACGUGCAGAUGUACAAUCUCCUGGCGAGGAGGGCCCUCGAGGCUAUGGAUUUCCGAAUGGUUGGCAGGGAUUUCUACGACGUCAAUACACCAGAGGCCAAGGUUAACAUCGAGGACUACGCCCUGGAGGUGUGGACAGGCUACCAGAUUGCUGUGCAGCAUUACGACGAUGGAGUCAUGAUGUGCGUCGAUGUUUCCCACAAAGUCAUAGCUCAACUCUCGAUAUUCGAUCUUCUCGAACAGAUAAUGGAGAUGUCUGGGCCUGAUUAUCAGGCAGCAUUCAGUGCCGAAGUGAUUGGCCUCCAGGUCUGGGCAGAGUACGAGAACAAGAUUCAUCGAAUCGAUGGCGUUGACUUCUCCAUGUCUCCACUUUCCAACAUCAAGACUGCAGACGGCGAGUUGGAUAUAACUUACAAAGAGUUUUACAAGAUUCAUCAUGGGAUCAACAUUUAUCACAGCUCGCAGCCCCUGCUGGUGACUAACUACAGACCGAGAAAUCGUCGAGAGCCUGCGGAGAAGAUUUAUCUGGUUCCUGAGCUGUGUGCUGUUGCAGGAUUGACUGCAACGUUGAAAAACGAUGCUAUUGUCAAGGACUUGCUGUCAGCUCAUACGGUUGUGGGGCCUGAGAGUCGAGUGAAGAAGCUCAUGGCGUUCAAUCAUCGUCUGAUGAGCAAUCCAAGUCUUCAGGAGGAACUGCAGAAUUCGAAUAUGAAGUUGGAUUCGCAGCUGCUUGACGUGGCUGGGAAAAUUCUCCCUCGUGAGAAGUUGAUCUUUGGGGACGAGUGCCUGGUGGACGUCGGCUGCGAGGGGGAGUGGGCUCUCGCAUUCAAGGAGAAGAACCUUUUUCAGACUGUGAAACUGGAGAAUUGGGUCGUCGUCACACCAGAGGCUUAUGCCUUCGAAGCCAGAAGUUUCGUUGAAAAAAUGAUGAAAUCCACUCGAAACUUCCACCUCUCAGAGCCUUGUUAUGUGGAGCUGGAGGAGUCCACCCCCGAGUGCUACUCUUCACACCUUGAGAAAUCGAUAACGGAUCUAGAUCCACAACUGCUGAUGAUUGUUGUUCAGGGCCGUCGACCUGAGAUCUUCACUCGAGUCAUGAAGAAGUGCUACUUGGAGAAUGCAGUCCCCUGCCAAGUCAUCACUGAUAAGUGCUUCACUUCGGAGGAUCUCGAGGGAAUAGCAACGAAGGUUGCCAUUCAACUCAGCUGCAAGAUUGGGGGAGUGCCCUGGAGCAUUCACAUUCCUCUGAGUGGACUUAUGGUCAUUGGAGUCAGCAUUGGUCGUGACAGUGAGGAAUCUAAUAGGAGUUUUGCUGCUGUAGUGGCCACUCUUGAUAAAGGCCUCACCCGCUACUUCUCAGCAGUAUCGUCCCACGAGAGGAACGACCAGUUGACAUUCAACAUAAUCUCGAGUCUCUCAAAGGCUCUGGAAAAGUUUCGUGAAGUGAACGGUGGCUCCCUUCCCUCUCGAAUCCUCCUGUAUCGGGACUCAGUGCCAACCGGCCAGAUCGUCAACAUAACGGACCACGAGGUGUCACGUGUCCACAAUGCCCUUCAAAGGAUAUACGGAGAUGCCCCAGUGAGCCUCGCCUACAUCCUCGUUUCGACCCACUCCAAUACGAGACUCUUCCAUGGCGUCGAUAACCCACCCCUGGGGACUGUCGUCGAGGACAUCAUCACCCAGCCCCUCAGGAAGGACUUCUUCCUGGUGUCUCAACACUUCAAGGACGACACUGUCAUGCCCACUUACUACAACAUCAUCUUUGACUCUGUUCGCCUGUCCCUCGAGAGGAUUCAGAUCCUCACCUACAAGUUGACGCAUGUCUACUUCAACUGCAGCAAUACUGUCAGAGGCCCUGCACCUCUCCAGUACGCCCACAAACUCGUGUUCCUGGUUGCUCAGAACAUCCACGCACCUCCUGAUCGUCGACUCCAGGAUCUCCUCUAUUUUCUUUAAGUUAUAGUUUUUUGUUUGGGUUUUGCCAAGGGCAUUUUAGUUUUUUUCAUUUUUCUGGUAGAAGUGGGCUGGAGGAUAGGUUUCCAGACUCUGGAGCUAUUAUUUUAUUUUUUUUAAAAAGGUGAUCAACAAAUUUCUAGGAAAUUUCUUGACAUAAAAUUCCAAAGCAAAAGAAAAUUCAUUAUGAGCCACAAAACCCAUAUUUAAUUACUUGAGGGUUAAAAUACUUGAGUAUUAUUAAGUUAAAAUGAUGACAACUCUGAAAAACUAAUUAGAUAUUAGAGAGUUCUUCGUCGCUGGUGCAACGAGUUCCAAAAAUCGUUAAACAUUAUAAUUUUACGUUUCAUACUUUCAUAUUUUGUGUUAAAACUAAGAAAAACGAUCGCAGCAUUGUUGAGACUGUUCAAUAAAGACUUCAAAGUGCGAUGAACG